AUGGGGAAAGGAAAGAGUGACCAUGCCAAAGAUGUGAAAAGAAAAGAAGAGGAGAAGAUGCAACUCAAAAGAAAUAUAGGUUAUUUUGAAGGGGUAAGUUUCAUUGUAGGAUCUAUAGUAGGGGCAGGGAUCUUUGUAUCUCCCACAGGAGUGUUAAAAUACUCCUUGCUUAAUGUUGGGGUUGCCCUUAUGAUCUGGACAGCUUCUGGGCUAGUUUCUCUGAUGGGUUCCCUCUGCUACGCCGAGCUGGGAACUGCGCUGCCGUUUUCUGGAGGCGAAUACAGCCACAUUAAAAGGGGCCUUGGAUCCCUGCCAGCCUUCGUGUUCAUCUGGACAUCCACGUUUACCAAACCGGCGUCGAACGCUGCCCGAGCCUUGCUGUUCGCCGAAUAUGCCACCCAGCCCUUCUAUGGGAGGUGCCCUGCGCCGCAAGUGCUGAAGAAGUGCUUGGCCUUGGCGGCUCUCUGGUCCCUGGGGAUUUUGAACGGGCGCAGUGUCAAACUGGCUGCGUGGGUGCAGACGGUUUUCACUGUGCUGAAGAUGAUGGCGCUGUCUGUCAUUGCCAUCAGCGGCAUAGUUCUCCUCCUGGGCGGCAGAAAGGAGCAUCUGGCGAGGUUCGAGGAUGCCUUCGGUUCGGAGAUUCCCAACGCGUCGCAGAUUGCCGAAGCCUUCUUCCAAGGGCUGUACGCCUAUGGUGGUUGGUGGUCCCUCAAUUACAUGGCAGAAGAGAUGAAAAACCCCAGUAGAAAUAUCCCCUUAACUGUGAUGACUGCUGUUCCUGCAGUAAUGGUGUUUUAUUUACUGGUAAAUGUCUCAUAUCUGACUGUCCUCACGCCUAAGGAAAUUGUUUCCUCAGUUGCUGUGGCAGUCACUUGGGCUGAUCGAGUGAUCCCCUCUGUUGCCUGGAUCAUUCCUGUCUCUGUUGCUGUCUCAAUAUUUGGUGCCCUCAACAGUAGCAUGUUCGCGUUAGGUCGAUUAAGCUACGCUGGCAGUCAGUCAGGACAUUUACCUAUUUUAAUAUCUAUGCUUAAUGUCCACUCCUGUACUCCAGCACCAGCCAUGAUUUUUUCAACCAUCAUUGCAUCCAUUUUUGUUAUCCCCUCUGAUCUUAUUAUGUUAACAAAUUACUUUGGAUUUUCUGCCUGGCUUAUGAUUGGAUUGACUUGUGUAAGCCUGAUUGUGCUUCGGUACCGGGAACCUAAUCUACACCGACCAUACAAGGUGUUUCUACCAGUUCCAUUUGUGAUGGUGGCAAUGUCUUUCUUCUUAGUUUUAGCUCCUAUCGUGUGGUCUCCAGAGCUGCAAUAUGUUUAUGCUUUCUUGUUUAUGCUGGGGAGUCUCGUUGUUUAUUUGCCUUUUAUACAUCUUAAAUUGCAUUUUGCGUUUGUUGAUAAAAUUACUUGCUACUUACAGUUACUGUUGGAAGUUUCUCCUGCUGAUGGAUCUGCAGACAGCAAAUACGGAUAA